GUUACCGUUUUAAACUAAGGUGUCUUAAUUACUUUUAAAUGCAAUUCUUUUGAACGUUACACUUUCAAGUUUUGUUUUAUCUUUUGAAUACUUUUGUGUUAAGUUUCGUAAAAUGAUGAUAUUUAAUUUGAGUGAUUUUUUAUCAAGGUUUCAUUACGUUUGUGAUGAACGAGCUAGUUAUCCUGAUGUGGAAACGGGUGGUCCAGUGGAGAGGGGCUCGGACGAGCUUCUUUCGCAGAGUGGCGUCACCGUCAUGGCGCCCGCGGCUCCACAUCAUGCCGACAAUAACAACCAGGAUUCAGCCGCCAAAAAGGUGAAACUGGAACAAAAUGUCGGCAAGCCAUCAAGGGUUAUCCACAUACGGAACAUACCAAACGAGACGACGGAAGCCGAGAUUAUACAGCUGGGCCUGCCCUUCGGGCGGGUCACCAACGUGCUCGUUCUCAAAGGAAAAAAUCAGGCGUUCCUGGAGAUGGCGGAAGAAAUAUCGGCGGUCGCAAUGGUGGCUUACUUUGGCGGAUGCGUAGCACAGCUACGCGGGCGCGCUGUCUACGUGCAGUUCUCUAACCACAAGGAGUUGAAGACCGAUCAAUCACACAGCAAUGCGUCAGCGUCAGCGCAAGCAGCACUUCAAGCUGCGCAAGCGAUUUCAAACAGCGCGGGUGCUGCUCUAGUUGCCGGCGCUGGCGCGGCCCUCCAACCGGCCAACGGUGGAACGGAAAUUCAGGUACAGGGCGGGCCAAACACCGUGCUACGGGUGAUCAUAGAGCAUAUGCUGUACCCCAUAGUCCUUGACGUGCUGUACUCAAUCUUCCAGCGGUACGGGAAAGUGCUCAAAAUCGUAACCUUCACUAAGAACAAUUCAUUUCAAGCUCUAAUCCAGUACCCAGACACCGGGUCAGCGCAAAUGGCGAAAACGGCUUUGGACGGGCAGAACAUUUACAACGGGUGCUGCACUCUGCGCAUCGACUACUCAAAGAUGACUUGCCUCAACGUCAAAUACAACAACGACAAGUCGCGCGACUACACCAACCCGACGCUGCCCUCCGGCGACGGCGACGCGCACCAGCUGUUGACCAGUGGCGGAGUUUUGGCACCUCCGUUCUUAGGCCUGGGAUCGGGCUUAGCCUCACCGUACGGCGUGGGAGUCGGCGGAGUUGGACUGCCAGCCUUCGGAGCUCUCACUCUGACACCAGCAUCGCCUGCCCUACGUGCGUUAGCUGCACCACCGCUGCCGCUGGCUACAGUACUCCUCGUCUCCAAUCUUAAUGAAGAGAUGGUCACGCCUGACGCUCUCUUUACCCUUUUCGGGGUGUAUGGUGACGUGCAACGAGUGAAAAUUCUCUACAAUAAAAAGGAUUCAGCCCUAAUUCAGAUGGCAGAGCCGCACCAGGCUCACCUAGCGAUGACCCACAUGGAUAAAUUGCGCGUCUUCGGUAAAGCGAUGCGUGUGAUGCUCAGCAAACACCAGACAGUACAGCUGCCCAAGGAGGGACAACCGGACGCGGGUCUGACUAGGGACUAUUCCCAGAGUCCGCUUCAUAGAUUCAAGAAGCCCGGCAGCAAAAACUACCAGAACAUUUACCCGCCGAGCGCUACGUUACAUCUGUCCAACAUUCCAGCCACGGUCUCUGAGGAUGACAUCAAGGAAGCUUUCACCAAACGGGGAUUCACAAUCAAGGCGUUCAAAUUCUUCCCGAAGGACCGGAAAAUGGCUCUCGUACAACUACCGUCGAUCGACGACGCGGUAGCGGCACUCAUCAAAAUGCACAAUUAUCAGCUCUCGGAGUCCAACCACCUCAGAGUGUCCUUCUCGAAAUCAAGUAUUUAAACAAAACGACCAAACGCCUCCUCGGAAUAUCACACAACAGUCGUUCAAAAUCUACACGCAAACGAGGUUGGACCCUUUCGGAUGACUUACAGCGUAACCUAACUUUCAAGCCUUAUCGUUCGGUGAUACGACUGUACAUCGCACGAGUACCUCUCUCAUUAAUCGAGAACAUCACUCGACUGAAAAUUAUAUUAUAUCUGUAUUACGCUUACUCGGAUCAGUAUAGAAGUUAAGUGCUAACUCUAUUUCAUUAGAAUACGUACUAUUACUGUACACUCCUUUUUUUCUUACCCUUCUUAUAAUGUAAGCAAUCUUUUCAUUACUCUUUAGUGUAAAGUGUGUUUUAAAAAGAUAAAAAA